ACCCGGGCCUCGUCGUAUCAGCAUCACCACCAUCUCCAAUCUCCAAUCUCCAAUCUCCAAUCUCCAAUCUCCAUCACCACCCUCGACCGUCAUCGUCAACAGCUUCACCACUAUCACUAUCAUCUCAACCAUCAACUACCAUCAUCUCACUCCGCCAUCACCAUGCAAGCCUUUUCUACCUCUUUCACACCUGGUCGUGUGCCCAAUGCCCGUCUAUAGUAAAAGAUUAUUAAACCGUCCCGAAUUAGUGGUGCUCGACCUCAUAUAGAAUCCCCCCAUCUCCCAUACCCUUCUCUCUCCUCCUCCUCCACCGUAGGGCGGAGAAUACAUCCUCCCCCCUCCUCGAUCAUGUCAAAUUCCUUCGAAAUGGGCCCCGUCGACGUCAAGUCAGUCGAUUCGGUGCGCGGAUCGAGCGUGCGCGGGCGCACCGACUCCCCUCCUUUCCUGGCCGACGAAGCCGUCAUGAAUAGGAUGGGAGCCACCCAGGAAUUGCGUAGAAAUUUUGCGUCGCUGUCCAUCCUCGGCAUGUCGAUUACCCUCUUGUCGUCCUGGGAGGGUGUUGCGAAUAGUCUCGGACUGGGCUUACAGAACGGAGGCCCCUCGUCACUGAUCUGGGGAAUGGUCCUUUCGCUGUCCGGCGUCAUGUGUCUGGCCCUUUCCUUGGCCGAGAUGGCCUCGAUAUGCCCCAUCUCGGGAGCACAGUACCACUGGACCGCCCUAUUUGCCCCGCCACGAAUACGGAACUUCAUGACCUGGAUGCAAGGAUGGAUUACGGUUUUUGCUUGGCAAGCCGCCUGCACCAGUAUCUGUUUCGUGGUUGCGACCCAGAUUCAAGGUCUCGUCAUCCUCAACGAUUCCAGUUAUACUCCCAAACGCUGGCAUGGGACACUUCUUGCCUGGGCAGUAUGCGUGUUGACCUUCACAGUCAACGUUUAUGGGAUCAGGUUUCUACCCACGAUCCAGGUGGUGGGCGGUCUCUGCCACGUCAUCUUCUUCCUUGUUCUCAUCGUCCCUCUCGUGUUGCUGGCACCACGGAGUACGGCGGAUUUCGUCUUCACGGCGUUCCUAAAUGAGGCUGGGUGGAAGAGUGAUGGCGUCUCGUGGUGUGUCGGGCUGAUCACCGUCACAUUUUGCUUCAUGGGGUUCGAUGGAGCUGUCCACAUGAGCGAAGAGGUCCGGAAUUCAUCCAUCGUUAUUCCCAAGAUGCUCGUGCAGACCAUUUUAAUCAAUGGUAGCCUCGCAUUCAUCUUUGCUAUCGUCAUCCUCUUCACCAUCGGAAACAUCGACCAGGCGUUGUCAACCUCAACCGGCUAUCCCAUCAUUGAGGUCUUCUACCAGGCAACGGGAUCGAAGAAAGCUGCAACUCUCAUGCUAAUUUCGAUCAUCAUUGUUGGAGUUGCUGGCAGUAUGGGAGUCGUGGCAUCGGUAUCCCGUCUUACCUGGGCUUUCGCGAGAGAUGGGGGCCUCCCACUCAGCUCAUUUUUCGCUCAUAUCGAUCCCAAACGCCAUGUUCCUUACCGUGCUAUCGGUCUCGUCUGCAUGACGGUUGCGCUACUCAGCCUCAUCAACAUUGGCUCCAGCACAGCCCUUUCUGCCAUCCUUGGUAUUAGCACCACCUCUAUUGUCAUCUCCUACAUUAUCCCUAUCUCUCUCCUUAUACUAAAGCGCCUCCGAAACGAGCCGAUCCCUUUCGGAUCCUGGCGCCUUGGACGCUGGGGAUUGCCUGUGAAUUUGUACGCGGCCACAUUCGGAAUCUUUAUUUCUGUUUUUGCUCUAUUCCCCACAACCAUACCGGUUACAGCUCCUAACAUGAACUACGCUGGUCCAAUCCUUCUAGGACUGAUCAUCCUGGCUAGCCUUGACUGGUUGAUAAGAGGGAGGAGGGGCUUCAAGGGGCCAUUGAAGGAGAUGAUCCAAUCCGAGGAGAGGAUGAGGUGAAGGGAGGGAAGUAGAUGAAUAGAACAUGCUCUAAAUGAGUAUUCUUGCAUCACUCCAUACAUAUAUAUGAGACCCAAUGCUGGGAGAGUCCAGCGAGUGAGGAGUCGUUAGAUGCGGGUAGAAACGCAAGAGAAAGUAGUCGACUUGUCUACCUCUGCGGCUGGCUACCCACGGGAAGGCUGGCCCCCCGCAGCCUCCUGUGAUAUAAUGAGGACGAGAAGACCUUGCGUCUUGUUGACCUUGUAGGGGAUAUAUGUGGAAAUAACGAUUGAUAUGGAACGGUGUUUAUGGAAGAAUUGAGGGCGCAUGGUUGAAGUCAUAUCUGUAUUUAAUUCGAGCCCCCUGGACCAUCGAGUCCCUUGAAUUUAUAGGGUCUGCC